CCAUAUUUGUUCGGGGCAAAGAUGCCGAAAAGUUGUUCUGCUUACAGCUGCACUAAUAGAUACCGUAGUGACAAUCCCAAAAUAACCUUUCACAGAUUCCCUCUGAGCAAGCCAUCAGUGCUUAAGCAAUGGUUGGAAAAUUUAGGACGAGAGGACUUUCAACCGAAGAAACAUAUGGUUAUUUGCUCUCUUCAUUUCACUCCGGAUUGUUUUAGUGGAUUGGGCAACCGGAAGAAUCUCCUUUGGAACGCCGUCCCUACUCUUUUCACAAAACCACAAAAGAAUUCGAAGGUAUAUUCUCAUCGAAGGAAGUCGAAGAAGAAGCCUCUAGUGACAGAGGAAAAUAUCGAAAGGAGAGAUGGUUGUGCAAAAGAGGGGUCAGUGGCACUUGAUGAAGUUGCACCAGAUGAGGUUUUUGAAGGACUUACUCAACCCACAGGGAUCAGAGAGCCAGUGAUUCAUCAAGCAGACCCACGAGUCGAGGAUUUUAGGUCCCUGGAUCACAAUUAUGCACUGCUGGAUCCCAACACAACAAAGGUUCGUCUGUUUGAUGCUCUUGAAGCCAACCAGUGGCUGCUGAAGAGGUUAAAAGCCAAGUGCCAAGUGAUCAAGAGAAUAAAGCUAAAACUGCAAGUUGCUCAAAAGGAAUUGAGAUCUCUACACAUUUGGUGUAAUCAGACUAGGUCUACAAGAUACUACAAAGGACAAAAACGAGUCUUGACACAAAGAAUGAAGCCACGCAGAAAUCCUUCUAAGAUAAAUAUGCAUUGUUCAGGUCAGGACCCCGCUGACUGACUCAUGAAUGUUGACUCUAUGUUGGGCAGAAGAGAUUGAAAAAGAUAUUCUGUCUGUAUUUACACGGGCCACCACCUCUUCUUAUCAUUUUCAACAAUAUAUAAUUCAUUUUGGAAAAAUAGGCACAGACUGAAAUGUUAACAGGUCAAACUGCUGUACAUAUAUUCACCACUAAGUGAAAAGCAUUGGUUUAGAGCACACUUAGAUGCUUAGAAAAUCAACAAAUGUAUGU